AUGCCUCGCGCUCAGAAGGAACCCACCACUCGCAAAUACUUCGAAUCAUUCCGUCCAAUCUGCGCCGCCGUACCGCCCCGUCCGCGCGUUCAACAGGACAAGCGUACCUCCUCUGACAUGUGGAAGAAAGACUCUGAAACCUUGGACACACUCCGGCACUAUCAGGCAGAGUACAUACAGCAAGCUAAUAUGUCUACGGCUCCCAUCUCGGUCAUGUGUCUGAAGGACCAUCCUGCGGCGAAAAGAUAUCUGUACAAAAAGAACUACCGUUCGACCGCCAUCGUCAAAUGGGAGAUCGAGGCCCCCCCGGAGCCAGUCGAGCGCACCAUUUGUGUAGGAUCUGCCGUGGUCUUGGCCCCAAAUACCGAAAUAUAUAACGGUUAUACCUUCUGGCCCGCGUGGAUCAAGAACAUCUAUUGGUUGGAUGGCAUUCAAGUAGUGGACGCAGUACACAUGGACUCACUGGCGGGCAUGGAGUCUGCCUUGAAAAACGGUCAGGUUGCUGAACCCAAGCGUCUCAAGAAACAGAUUGCUCGGUUACGGAGGGAGGGCGCCAAGGACAACACCCUCAUCUUGUCAAACGAAGAAGAAACUACGCCGGUCCAUAACAUUGUCGCCGCAUGUACGGAGCAGGAGCACAAGUCGAUCUGGGAUAUCUCGACCAAUUAUCGCCUCUCAGUGACGCGAAGGAAGUACAAGAGCGAUUACAACAUCAUUCCCAUCUGA